AGCGCCCGCGGCCGCCCGGGACCCCGCAGUCCCCGCGCCCGGAGUUCGCGGCGCGCUCCAGACAAGAUGGCGCGGCCGGUCCGGGGAACGCUCGGGGCCCCGCGCCGCUUGCCUCGCCUUCUCCUCCUGUGGCUGCUGCUGUUUCGGCUGGAGCCGGCGACGGCUGUGGCCGACCCGCGGGCGCCCUGCGCGGCCGCCUGCACUUGCGCCGGGGAGUCUCUGGACUGCGGCGGGCGCGGGCUGGCGGCGCUGCCCGGGGACCUGCCCUCCUGGACGCGGAGCCUAAACCUGAGCUACAACAAACUCUCUGAGAUUGACCCUGCUGAUUUUGAGGACUUGCCGAAUCUACAGGAAGUGUACCUCAGUAAUAACGAGUUGACAACCAUCCCAUCCCUGGGUGCUGCUUCGUCACAUGUCGUCUCUCUCUUUCUACAACACAAUAAGAUUCGCAGCGUGGAGGGGACUCAGCUGAAAGCUUACGUUUCCUUGGAAGUGUUGGAUCUGAGUUCAAACAACAUCACGGAAGUCCGGAGUUCCUGCUUUCCACAUGGACUGCCUCUAAGGGAGCUCAACCUGGCGAGCAACCGGAUUGGCACCCUGGAGUCGGGAGCAUUUGAUGGUCUGUCACGGUCGCUGCUAACUCUUCGCCUGAGCAAAAACAGGAUCACCCGGCUUCCUGUAAAAGCAUUCAAGUUACCCAGGCUGACACAACUGGAUCUCAAUCGGAAUCGGAUUCGAUUGAUCGAGGGCCUCACGUUCCAGGGGCUGGACAGUUUAGAGGUGCUGAAGCUUCAGCGGAACAACAUCAGCAAUCUGACAGAUGGGGCCUUCUGGGGCCUGUCCAAGAUGCACGUGCUGCACCUGGAGUACAACAGCCUGCUGGAAGUGAACAGCGGCUCGCUGUACGGCCUCACGGCCCUGCACCAGCUCCACCUCAGCAACAACUCCAUCUCCCGUAUUCACCGGGACGGCUGGAGCUUCUGCCGGAAGCUGCAUGAGUUGGUCCUGUCCUUCAACAACCUGACGCGGCUGGACGAGGAGAGCCUGGCAGAGCUGAGCAGCUUGGGUGUCCUGCGUCUCAGCCACAAUGCCAUCAGCCACAUCGCGGAAGGCGCCUUCAAGGGACUCAAGAACCUGCGAGUCUUGGACCUGGACCACAACGAGAUUUCGGGCACCAUAGAGGACACAAGUGGCGCCUUCACGGGGCUUGACAGCCUGAGCAAGCUUACUCUGUUUGGAAAUAAGAUCAAGUCCGUGGCUAAGCGAGCAUUCUCGGGGCUGGAAGGCCUGGAGCACCUGAACCUUGGAGAGAAUGCAAUCAGGUCUGUCCAGCUUGAUGCCUUUGUGAAGAUGAAGAAUCUUAAGGAGCUCCAUAUCAGCAGUGAUAGCUUCCUGUGUGACUGUCAGCUGAAGUGGCUGCCCCCGUGGUUAAUGGGCAGGAUGCUGCAAGCCUUCGUGACAGCCACCUGUGCCCACCCAGAAUCACUGAAGGGCCAGAGCAUUUUCUCUGUGUUGCCGGAGAGUUUCGUGUGUGACGACUUCCCGAAGCCACAGAUCAUCACCCAGCCAGAGACGACCAUGGCCGUGAUGGGCAAGGACAUCCGGUUCAUGUGCUCGGCAGCCAGCAGCAGCAGCUCCCCCAUGACCUUCGCCUGGAAGAAGGACAACGAGGUCCUGGCCAACGCUGACAUGGAGAACUUUGCCCACGUCCGCGCGCAGGAUGGGGAAGUCAUGGAGUACACCACCAUCCUGCACCUUCGUCAGGUCACCUUUGGACACGAGGGCCGCUACCAGUGUGUCAUCACCAAUCACUUUGGCUCCACCUACUCGCACAAGGCCAGGCUCACUGUGAAUGUGUUGCCAUCGUUCACCAAAAUGCCUCAGGACAUUGCCAUCCGGACUGGCACGAUGGCCCGCCUUGAGUGUGCCGCCACCGGCCACCCUAACCCCCAGAUCGCCUGGCAGAAGGAUGGCGGCACGGAUUUCCCUGCUGCUCGUGAGCGCCGCAUGCACGUCAUGCCGGAUGACGACGUGUUUUUUAUCACCGAUGUGAAAAUAGAUGACAUGGGGGUUUAUAGCUGUACCGCCCAGAAUUCAGCUGGCUCCAUUUCUGCCAACGCCACCCUGAGUGUCUUAGAGACCCCAUCCUUGGCGGUGCCCUUGGAAGACCGCGUGGUGUCUGUGGGAGAAACGGUGGCCCUUCAGUGCAAAGCUACGGGGAGCCCCCUGCCCCGCAUCACCUGGCUCAAGGGGGGCCGCCCGCUGAGCCUCACGGAGCGGCACCACUUCACCCCUGGCAACCAGCUGCUCGUCGUCCAGAACGUGGUGGCAGAGGACGCGGGCCGGUACACCUGCGAGAUGUCCAACACCCUGGGCACCGAGCGAGCACACAGCCAGCUGAGCAUCUUGCCCACGCCCGGCUGCAGGAAGGAUGGGACCACCGUGGGCAUCUUCACCAUCGCCGUGGUGUGCAGCAUCGUGCUGACCUCGCUGGUGUGGGUGUGCAUCAUCUACCAGACCAGGAAGAAGAGCGAGGAGUACAGUGUCACCAACACAGAUGAAACUAUCGUGCCACCGGAUGUUCCAAGCUACCUUUCUUCUCAGGGGACCCUGUCUGACCGACAGGAAACCGUGCUCAGGACUGAGGGCGGCCAUCAGCCCAGCGGGCACGUUGAGAGCAACGGUGUGUGUCCGAGGGAUGCGGGCCUCUUCCCCGAGGCCGAUGCCCACGGGAUUCCCUGCAGGCAGCCCAGGCUCUGCGCGGGCUACAGGAAGGAGCCGUGGAAGGUGACGGAGAAGGCUGACGGGACACCUGCGCCACGUAAGCUGGAACCCAGUGGCCCGACAGUGUGUAGUGACUGCAACGCUGACGUGGACGGUUACUCCGAGGAACAAGCCUUCUACGCCCAGCCCGUGUCCAGAGACAGUGCACAACCGAGUACGCUCGGUGGCCGGGAGCCCAGUCGGAACGACCGAGAACAUUCUCCGCAUCAGCAGAGCAGUGGGACUGUUGAUGGGUCUUGUACCGACUACAGGGGGUCUCUGUACCCCAGUAACCACGACAGAAUGCUGAUGGCCUUGAAGAAAAAGCCAGCGGCAUCUCUAGAUGGAAAAGGGGAUUCUUCUUGGACUUUAGCAAGGUUGUAUGAACCGGACUCCACUGACCUGCACCCUGCGUCGUCAUUAAGUUCGGGCAAUCCAGAGCUCACGGAGGCUGCCCCGGGCUUUCCUGGCCCCCCCAGUGAAGCCCAGCACUUGCUUAUUUCCAAUGGCCACCUGCCCAAGGCAUGUGACUCCGAUCCUGAGUCCCCAGCACUGACAGGACCGCUCCCUGGGAAACGGAGAGUGCCAUUGAUGUUGGCACCGAAAAGCUAGGCUUUGUCUACCUCAGCUCUUGUUCUACCAGUCUCUGCGGAGAGAGAGAGGUAGGAGGGGCCGUGAGGAAGCUUGGGUUCAAGCGUCACUGAUCUGUACAUAGUUUUAACUUCCGUGUGGAGUAUCAGUCGUUCAAAGGACUUGCAUCUGAAGCACAGAAA